UGAAUAAAUUGUUCCGAGUAGCGAUGAUUGGGCGAUCGUACAAUAUGGCCCGUAAGAUCCCCCUUGGCGAUGGAGUACUCCACAUGAUGGUCCUUUUGCGGAGGCUGAAACUUAAGGCUGCUAUUUUUGAUGUCGGUUGGUCUCCACGCGCUGUCAGCAGGGGAACAGGUAAACAGGUAAACAUUGAAAAGGCUGUUCGUUCCCUGGAGAUUGACGAUCAUUGAAUCAACUUGCCAAGUCAGAAUCACAUCAACUUCUUUCGUCUUCUUUCUACCUCAUCUUUUCAUCACAACCACCACAAUGAAGUACAUCAGCUUGAUGCUCUCCAUGGCUGGCAUGAGCCUUGCCGCUUGCAGCAGCCUCACCCUCACCAGCCAACUUGACGUCGACACCCAAAUCUCCUGCUCCGUCGUCAACGGCGACGUCAAGAUCUCCUCCGAGUACAUCGGCGCCCUGAGCCUGACCGGCGUGAAGAAGAUCACAGGAUCCCUCAACGGAACCGACCUAUACCAUGCCUCCUCGCUGAGCUUCCCCGACCUCGAGGAAGUGGGCGGUGCGCUGCGUCUGACUGGUGGAUUCAACGAAAUCUCGAUGCCGAAUCUGGAUGAAGUCAAGGGCGGGUUCAGACUCUCCAGCACACAGAAGGUUGCCUGUGAGCCCUGGGAGGCACUGGAGAAGAACGGUCGCAUUAAGGGGCGGUAUUCGUGCCAGUCGUACACCACUCCGGGUAUCGUUGCUUAGGUGGUUUGUUUGGGAAUCUGCCUUGGUAAAGGGGGUUGAAAAGUGAAAAGUGCCAUAAUCAACCUCGGGUUGUCGCUCGUCAGAAACGGAGACCCGGCGGGAAAUUUAAAUAGAUCAUUACCAUGUAAACAUAUACAAGGCAUCUGAGAU